CAUCCAAAAAGACACCCAACACAAGUGAUCGAACUUAAGGUUCGUGAAAUCAAAAGCCAAAACGGGUGUCCCACUGUGGCUGCUUGGAUUCGGUGCAGUUCGUCUGCGAACCGACAUGAACCGCUUGCUUUCGUUACUCUUUCACCAGGGUGUUCUUGACGAACAGUUCUUGCAGCUCCAACAGCUUCAAGAUCAAACCUCGCCAAACUUCGUCUCUGAAGUCGUCACAAUUUACUUCCAUGAAUCCGAAAAACAGCUUCGUAAUCUACGAUCCCUAUUGUUGGAUAGAGAGAUGUGGGAUUACGUUAAACUCGGAAUACAUUUGAAUCAAUUGAUGGGAAGCAGUUCAAGCAUUGGUGCUAAACGAGUUCGAAACAUAUGUGCUGCGUUUCGUACGGCUGUCGAACAAAAUAACCGUUCAGCGUGCAUGAGGGCAUUAGAGGUGCUUGAACAUGAAUAUUGCUAUUUGAAGAACAAGUUGCAUGAGCUUUUUCAAAUAGAGCAACAAAGAGUGCUAGGAGAUGCAGUCAGGUACCCAGGUGUGGUGCACCAACAGUGAAUCUAAGAGCAUGCAGGGUGGAGUGUUUAGUUUUUCUUUUUGUCAUGUCUUGUCUUAUGUUAGUUAUUAAGAAGGAAUGUAAAACAUAAAACCUUUUAGUGUUUGUCUUUUUCAGUC